CAAUAUUUUUCUUAUGUGAAUCAAAAUGAGCUUUACAGUUAAUAUAACUGUUUAUAAAUAAGAAUGAAAAGCUUGCAUGGUAGUUUAAUUUCGACCGCUUUCUCUGGGUUAGGAAAAGCUUUUGCACUUUCUAUUUUUCAAAAAGUGCUAACUUUUUUAUUUAAUCAAGCCAUUCUUCAACUUGUGGAGCCACAAGUUUUUGGUUUUUAUAGCGUUCAAUUAAGUGGAAUUCUUCACAGCUCAAUCCUCUUCCUUUCUAGAGAAGGGCUUAGACUAGCUGCUUUACGAGUCAAUAUAUACAAACAUAGUUCUGAUUCUUUUGAGACUUCAGCCGAACAAAAGAAGCGAAAUGCUGUUCAACUUUUAGUUAAUGUUGCUUGGAGUGCUAUCUUGCUCUCUUUCGUUUACGCUGGUGUUCUGGGCUUUUUACUAUUAUACUUGGAGAGCGGCCACUUUACUAAAACUUCUAACUUUCCCUGGCGUCAAUAUAAAUGGGGAGUAAUAAUGUUUUGUUUAAGCGGUUGGUUUGAAAGUUUUUCAGAACCUUUUUACUUACUGUCACAGAACGGUCUACUUUUUGAUAUUCGGGUUAAAACUGAGGCCUUCUCCUCUUUUAUUAGAAUCUUAUUAACACUCGCCUUUGUUUCAAGCCGGUCAGUUUACGUUGCUGGCAUAUACGCUUUUGGAUGGGCCUCAAUUGCCUACUCGAUAUCGCUUUUUUUAAUCUACACGACUUUCUUUGCCCGAAUAAUACAUACUGGGAAUGAGUUUAUAUAUUCUUGGAGCCAACUGCUACCUCGAAGAAUAACUUAUAAACAGGUUUCGGAAAACGAAAGUACGGAGCACAAGAGAUUAAUAAACUUGUGUAUAUCGUUCACCUUACAAUCCUGGUUUAAACAUUUUCUCAGUGAAGGCGAUAAAAUAACGAUGUAUCUGGCAAACGAUUUCUUAGAACAGGGGCUUUACGGCGUGGUUAGUAACUAUGGCUCUCUAGCCGCUCGCCUUCUUUUCCAGCACGUCGAAGAGUUUUGCCGGAUUGUGAUCUGCAAGCUAUUGCUAGACACUGAAAAAGAGAAUAAAAGAGAAUUGGCGGAGCGCAGCAAGCUGAAAGCUUAUACAUUUUUUAGCGCCGUCACGAAGCUCAUGUUCUUCAUCGGACUCUGCUUUAUGAACUUUGCUCCGCGCUACACUCACCUGUUAAAAAUAAUUCUUCUUGGAUCCAGCGAAAAAUGGGCGCGGCUCCCGUCAAUCCUGUCGUGGUACUUCUCUUAUGUAGGUUUUAUGGCUGUAAACGGCGUGUUGGAGGCCUUCGUUCACGCGGUGAUCACGAGGUCGCAGAUAGCAACUUGGAACAUCUUCUUGUUUGCGUGCUUUCUCACGCACGCCGCCGUCGCUCUGCUGCUAAUGAGAUUUUUCAGGCUGGACUUGAUUGGUCUCAUUAUAGCCAACUGCGUUAAUAUGGCGCUCCGCAUAGCCUACUGCCUGCACUUUGCCAGGCGCUUCUUUUCUCCACAUAUCUUCCGCCUACGCGACUUUGUUCCUUGCGCUCGGCCGCUCUUUUUAUUUCUCCUAAGCGGGCUAUGCAUGCGCUUUUUCGAGGCAUGGUCCUUCCAUAAAGACGGAAGCCGGCUCCUACGCCAAUUUAUCCACGUGAUCGUGGGGUUAGGGUUUCUGUGGCUAUGCUUUUGCAGUAUUUUACGGUACGAAAAGAGUUUUGUUGAGGAACUGAAGUCCUUACGAGCGAAGAAAAGCAUCAAAAUUGAUACUUAAAUAAAAAUCUCGACUCU